CAGCUGUUUCUCUUCGUACAACAAAUCCAAGAUGGAUGCCGACUUGUUGGGACAUCUUCAAAACGACGAGACGUACAAACAGUUUCUGGAGGAAGGUUUUGAUGCUCGAUCGUAUGCGAACAGUAUCAUUCAAGGACGAGCUAUUAGUGAGUCACUGGCUAAGCUAGCUGAUGGAGUUAGUCUACUGGAUAAGGAACUACAUGCCCAGGUUGUUGAACAUCAUGAUGAUCUCCUUCAACAAGCAACUGGAAUUGAAACACUAGAAGGUGUUCUACAGAUGAUGCAAGGAAGAAUUAACUCACUCAUGGCUUCUGUUGGAAG